AAAUUAAUUAUUGGGCCUGCCUUCAUUAUCAUAAUCAAAUUAAUUAUUGAUUCAAAGUUUGAAUAGUAAUACUGGUUUGGUGAUUGAUUGAUAGGCUCAGCAAUGGAUCCUGCAGGCAUGGAAGAAGAGGUAGUCUUUGACUUACCUCCCGUCUUACGCGUAUACAGAGAAGGCCGUGUAGAGAGGCUCUUCGGCACUGAUUUCAUCCCCACUUCCGUUGAUCCCAAAACCAGUGUUGAAUCCAAAGACGUUGUGUUUUCUCCUGGAACUGGUCUAUCUGCAAGGCUUUACGUCCCAAAACUCCUCAACCAAAACCAAAAACUUCCUCUUCUGGUGUACUUCCAUGGCGGGGGAUUUUGCUUGAUGAGCCCUUUCUGUGCUAUCUACCAUAAUUACCUUAACACUUUAGUCCAUGAAGCCAACAUUGUUGCAGUCUCAGUUGAUUAUCGAAAAGCCCCGGAGCACCCUCUGCCUACAGCUUAUGACGAUUCAUGGGCAGCUCUCAAAUGGGUUGCUUCUCAUGUCAACGGAGAUGGCCCUGAAGAUUGGCUAAAUUUUCUUGCUGAUUUCGACAAGGUGUAUUUGGCGGGGGAAAGUGCUGGCGCUAAUAUAACACACCACAUGGGCUUGAGAUAUGGCAAACAGAAACUUCAGGGUCUCAAACUUGCAGGAAUUAUUUUGAUUCAUUCAUAUUUUGGGGGCAGUGAGCCUAUUGGUGCCGAAGCUGAUAAUUUAGAGAAAAUAGAAUUAACACAGAAGUUGUGGCGGCUGGCUUGUCCUGGGACAACUGGGCUCGAUGAUCCGCUGUUUAAUCCGGCGGCUGACCCGAAUUGGGCGAGCCUGGAGGCCACCCGGGUUCUGGUUGGUGUUGCUGAGAAGGACUUUUACAGAGAUAGGGGAUGGUACUAUUUUGAGAAGCUGAAGGAGAGUGGCUGGGGAGGUGUUGUGGAGAUUGUGGAGUCCAAAGGAGAAGAUCAUGGGUUCCAUUUGUUCAAUCCCACUUGUGAGAAGGCUUUGGAUUUGCUUAAACAGAUUGUCUCUUUCAUCAAUGUUCAAUACAAAUCAUGAUAAUUUCUGCACCACUUUUUUCUUAGGCUGGUGUAUUGGAUUGGACUGGAUAGUAUUAUUUACUUUUGAAGAAGCUUUGUAAUAAUAAUGUAUCAAAUUUCUGAACCAUGCUCAAACGAAUUGUGUCUUUUAUCGAA